AUGGGACAAGCUGGGGAAGAUGAUCCCCUGUGCCCAAGACUUAUUCUCUCAGCUGAAGAGCAUAAAAGGGAUUGUGAGCAGUGGCGUAAGGCUCUGAUCAUCAAGUUGUUGGGGAAGCGAAUUAGCCCGCGGUUCCUGUUGACCAGGUUGAGGAAGAGUUGGAAUCUGGUAAGUUCUUUCGAAGCUAUUGAUCUCGAUAAUGGUUUCCUGUUCCUGAGAUUUCAGGAGGAUGGUGAUUACCGUCAUGUUUUGGAAGAAGGGCCCUGGAUUGUUAAUGACCACUGUGUGGUUGUCCAAAGGUGGAGGCCCUUCUUCGAUCCGUAUGAUGAAAGUGUCACGAAAUUGGCAGUUUGGAUCAGUGUUCCAGGACUCCCAAUUCAACUGUACAAGCUUCGCACCUUGUGGCGCAUUGGGAAUUUCUUUGGCCGUACUCUCAAAGUUGAUAGGAACUCUCUUAGAAAGAGCGACUUGGGGGAGGAUCUUAUUACUGAGCGGGCCAGAUUCGCUAGAAUCUGUGUUGAAGUGGACCUGAGGAAGAGCUUUCUAUCUAAGUUUGUGGUAGGAAGCAAGGUUUAUCCGGUUGGAUACGAAGGGUUGCACCUUAUAUGUUUCAAGUGUGGUAUGUAUGGUCAUAGAAAGGACCAGUGUCCUGCUGACCAGGUGGCAUGUCCCCAUCAGAUGGAUGGCAGCUCAGAUCAGGAGAAGGGUUUGGCUGGUGGCCAUACAAUAGAACAAAAGGAGAGACAGCCUAAAAGUAGGAAGUUGAAGGCUAUUCCAGUCCUUUCAGGAAAGGUGGUGCAGGUUCAGAAUCCUACUCUUGUUGAUCCUGGGUCUAAGGAUUUGGCUAAUUCUCAUAUGGUAGGGGGUGAGAGUAGUGGUUUGGAGGAUCAGAAGGAGGCUGCUCUUGUAAGUAUGGAGGCUGACGGUAUUGGGGGAGAUGUGGGUAGUGGAAUUCCCCUUCUUAGUCCUGCGAAAGAGCUGGCUAGCAAGACUACUAUAAAAGGGGUUAGUGUGGAAUCCUUUGUCCUUAGUCCUCAGAAGAAAGGCAGAACCCUUGAGGCUGGAACUAAGAAGAAUGUGCUUAAAGAAGGUAAAGAUAGAACUAAACCUGGGAUCAAACAAGCUUCUAAGAAGAAUGGGAUUGAGAAUGUUCCCCCUGUCCCUGUGGCUGAUGGGCUGUGCAAAGGUACAACCAGGAGUAAGCUUAAGAACGUGGCUGGCUUGGAGGUUUCCAAUACAUUGGGGUUUUCUAUCUAG